UCUCUGAGGUAUGAUCUCGACUCGAAGCCCUAACCUAAUAUCUCCUCCUUCCUCAAUCUUCUCAUCAUCGAUCUUUCGUUUCUUUUGCCCCUCUUUUCUCGAAUUCAUCAUCUUCCAAUGUGCCGGAAAAAGCGAAAGUAGCAGUGGUAUUUGUUGUGCUCAGAUGAGAUGCUUUGAUUUCUAUUCUUUUUCAUGGAUCGGUGAUGCUUUCUGUUUGAUAGGAUUUAUUAGUUGGGGAGUUGCAGAAACUCGAUGAUUUCUCACCCGAUGCUUUUGUAACUUUGUCAUACGCCAUGACCUAGAUUUUGUAUCUUGUAGCAGGAUCUUGGAAACACAUAUCAGAUUGUAGUGGUCCGGAGGUGAUAUUUUCCCGCCAACCAUUUUCAGCUUCUGGCUGCUUGUUGUUCCGUUCUAAUGCACUAUCUCUUAAUUUGUUUCUUGCCUGCAGUUAGGAAAUGAGUUUGGUCCCCCAAAAUUGCUAGAUUAAGUAUUACUAAUUGAGAUCUGAAUAUAUAUUCAUGCUUAGAUGUUGGUAUUGAUGUUUCAACUUGUUCCUAGUCAUCACUAAGUUAAUGCUAUCACUGUCCUCCUCCUUUUCUUAAUAAAGUUACCAAAUGAGCUUCUGCCAAUUAAAUCAUGUUAAGUGCUGCAAGUUCAUCGAGUAUGAAAUAUAUAUUGCAGUCUGGUGAGAAAUUUGAAUGCUCUGGAUACACUAAACUGGAGGGAUGGUCAAUGUAACAGUUUGUGUGAGGUUUAGACCCUUGAGUCUUAGUGAGAAAAGACUUCAUGGCGACAGUAUCUGCAUUCAGGCUUUGAACACUCAGUCUUUUACAUUCAAGGAUGAGAAGGAAGAAGAUAUUACAUUUUGCUUUGACAGAGUCUUCUAUCAAGAUUCUGAGCAAGUAGAUGUCUACGACUUUCUUGCUAUGCCGAUAAUUGAAGGGGCUGUGAAUGCAAUAAAUGGAACCAUUAUCGCUUAUGGACAGACCGGAGCUGGGAAAACAUACAGCAUGGAAGGCCUUGGUGUCUUAGAUGGAGAUCGAAACAAGAAAGGAUUGCUUCCACGCAUUGUUGAUGGGAUUUUUGAAUUCCUGCAAUCUUUGGUGGAAAUGACUAAGUGGACAGUCAAGUUGUCAAUGGUUGAGAUUUAUAUGGACAAAAUAAGGGAUCUUUUUGAUUUAUCAAAGGAUAACAUACAAAUUAAGGAGAAUAAGUGCCAAGGCAUAUUUCUUUUGGGAGCAACUGAGAUCCCAAUCACAAACUCUACAGAAGCCUUGCAGUGCCUUUGUCAUGGAAUUGCCAAUAGAGCUGUUGGUGAGACACAAAUGAAUUUGGCCAGUAGCAGGAGCCAUUGUGUCUACAUAUUUUCAGUUCAGCAGGAAUCUAGAACAAAUGGAAGGUUGAAAACUGGAAAAAUUGUUCUUGUGGACUUAGCCGGUUCCGAGAAAGCUGAUAGAACUGGUGCUGGUGGAAUAGUCCUUGAAGAGGCCAAGAGCAUAAACAAGUCCCUCUCAGCAUUAGGGAAUGUGAUUAAUGCUCUGACAGCUGGAAAAGUGAACCACAUUCCUUACAGGGAUUCCAAACUUACCCGGAUUCUGCAAGAUGCACUAGGUGGAAACUCCAGAACUGCUUUGCUUUGCUGCUGCUCGCCUAGCCCGUCAAAUGUUUCAGAAAGCCUCUCCACACUUCGGUUUGGAGCUAGGGCAAAGCUUCUAAAAUCUUCACCAAGAGCCAACAUGAGUGAUGCAAAGGACAACAUGGAACAGAUUAUUGAUUGUGAAUCUCUAGACUACAAAAGUGAAAGACUAUUGGAAAAGCUAAGGCAGAAUCUCAAUGAGGAAGAUGUUGACAUGUUGGAUGAGUUGCUUACACUGGAGGGAAUCUUCUUUGAUCCUCAAUCGACUGAAGAAAUUGAAUCAGCAAUUGAAGAUGUAACCAUCAGAACAAUUUCAGCAUUGCAUCAAGCAGUUGAAGAUCUUAAGGACAGAAAUGACAUGCUGAUGAUGGAGAAUCAUACUCUGAAAGCUGACCUCACAGCUGCUCGGCUAGCUCUAAACAAUGCCAAAACUGUCCCAAAUGCAUCUUUGUUUGGCAAAGCCAGAGAACUUUUGAUCUCAUAUCUACCUUCAUUUAACUUCCCUCUGAGAAGGUACAGUUGAUCAACACCGUAAGAUUCUGAGAUCGCAUCUCGUCCUCGCCACUUAUUAUACGUUAAAAAAAAUU